AUGUCUGAUCCUAACCAACAGCAGCAGCAGCAACAGCAGCAACAGCAACAGCAACAAGGUAACUACCAACAGUACUACCAAAACUAUGGUCAACAAAACUUCCAGCCACAACAGGGCUACCAGCAGUACCAGCAGUUUCAAAACUACCAGCCACAACAGGGCUACCAGCAAUACCAAAACUAUCAGCAAGGUGGCUACCAGAACUACCAACAAGGCGGAUACCAGAACUAUCAACAAGGUGGAUACCAGGGUGGUCGUGGUGGAUACCAAGGUGGCCGUGGCCGUGGUGGUUACAAGAACUACAACAAUAGAAACAACUACAACAACCAAAACAGCGGAUACCAAAACUACCAACAACAGCAACAACCUGCUCAAGGUAUGACCUUAGACAGUUUCCAACAACAACAAGAGCAAAAGAGUGAGCCAGCUCCAAAGCCAAAGAAGACUCUAAAGUUGGUGUCAAGCUCUGGUAUCAAGUUGGCUAAUGCUACUAAGAAGGAAGAACCAAAGACUGAAGAACCAAAGAAGGAAGAAAAUAAACAAGAAGAGCCAGCCAAGGAAGCUAAGAAGGAUGAAGAAACCAAGAAGGAAGAAACUACCUCCACCGAAUCCAAGCCAGAAGCUACUGAGGAUGUCUCUAAGAAGAUGGAAAAGCUUGAUGUCAAAGAUACAAAGGAAAAGGAAGCUACUCCAUCCCAAGAGGUUAGCAGUGCGGACGCCUUGAUCAAGGAACAAGAAGAUGAAGUCGAUGAAGAGAUUGUUAACGAUAUGUUUGGUGGUAAGGAUCAUGUCUCCAUUAUUUUUAUGGGUCACGUCGAUGCCGGUAAAUCUACCAUGGGUGGUAACUUAUUGUACUUGACUGGUUCCGUGGAUAAGAGAACCAUUGAAAAAUACGAAAGAGAAGCCAAGGACGCUGGUAGACAAGGUUGGUACUUGUCCUGGGUUAUGGACACUAACAAGGAAGAAAGAAAUGAUGGUAAGACCAUUGAAGUCGGUAAGGCUUACUUCGAAACCGAAAAGAGACGUUACACCAUCUUGGAUGCUCCAGGUCACAAAAUGUAUGUUUCUGAAAUGAUCGGUGGUGCCUCUCAAGCUGAUGUCGGUAUUCUAGUUAUUUCUGCAAGAAAGGGUGAAUAUGAAACCGGUUUUGAAAAGGGUGGUCAAACCCGUGAGCAUGCUUUGUUGGCUAAGACCCAAGGUGUUAACAAGAUGAUUGUUGUUAUUAACAAAAUGGAUGACCCAACUGUCAACUGGUCUCAAGAACGUUACGACCAAUGUGUCAGCAACUUGAGCAACUAUUUGAAGGCAAUUGGCUACAAUGUUAAGCAAGAUGUUGUUUUCAUGCCUGUUUCUGGUUACAGUGGUGCUGGUCUAAAGGAACGUGUCAAGAAGGAAGAAUGUCCAUGGUACGAUGGUCCAGCUCUAUUGGAAUACCUGGACGAGAUGAAGCAUGUCGACCGUCACGUCAAUGCUCCAUUUAUGCUACCUAUUGCUUCUAAGAUGAAGGAUCUAGGUACCGUUGUAGAAGGUAAGAUUGAAUCAGGUCACAUCAAGAAGGGUCAAUCCACACUACUAAUGCCUAACAAGAUACCAGUUGAAAUUCAAAAUAUUUACAACGAAACUGAAAAUGAAGUUGAUAUGGCUGUUUGUGGUGAACAAGUUAAGCUGAGAAUCAAGGGUAUCGAAGAAGAAGAUAUCUCUGCUGGUUUCGUAUUAACCUCCCCAAAGAACCCAAUCAAGAACGUCACCAGAUUUGUUGCUCAAAUCGCCAUUGUUGAAUUGAAGUCUAUCAUGUCUGCUGGUUUCUCCUGUGUUAUGCACGUCCAUACUGCCAUUGAGGAAGUCCACAUCACUAGACUAUUGCACAAAUUAGAAAGAGGUACUAACCGUAAGUCUAAGAAACCACCUGCAUUUGCCAAGAAGGGUAUGAAGAUUAUUGCAUUGCUGGAAACUGAAGCUCCAGUCUGUGUUGAAACCUACGACGACUACCCACAAUUGGGUAGAUUCACAUUGAGAGAUCAAGGUACUACCAUUGCUAUUGGUAAGAUCGUUAAGAUUCUUGAGUAA